CUUCGACAGUUCUGAGCGCGAUUAAGACACAGCAACUCUUCGGAGAAGUGAUACUUUAAUCCCUGACGGUCAGGCUGGAAUGAAAGAGUGCUCCCGCGUUGAGGGAGUUGUGCGAAGCACGCAAAAGCGUCGGGACCCCGGGAGACAUUCGUUCGAAAAUGGUUGAUUGGCUCGGCUUAGCAUGCAUCAUCGCAGUUCCGGUAGUCGUUGCUAUCGGAGUGAAACUCUACCGCCGAUGCACCAUGGGACGCUGCAAAUGCGAGCACCGGCUAGACGGGAAGGUUGUCAUCAUCACUGGCGGCAAUUCAGGAAUCGGAGCACAGACCGCUGAAGUCCUGGCCGAACGAGGUGCGAAGGUGAUAUUAGCCUGCCGCAACAUGCAGAAAGCCAACGAGGUAGCGGAUCGUAUCCGCGAGUCGAGUGCCGAAUGUGACGUUUCUGUCAAGCAGCUCGAUCUCUGUAGCCUGAAGUCAGUGAGAUCUUUCGCUGAAGAAAUCCUGACUCAAGAAGAUAGGUGUGACAUACUGGUCAACAACGCCGGCAUAAGUGGGGGAGAUUUCCGGUUGACUGAAGAUAAUUUCGAGGAGGUCUACCAGGCGAAUUAUUUGGGCCCCUUCUACCUCACCGAGCUACUCAUGCCUCUCUUGAGAAAAUCUGCGCCGGCCAGAAUCGUGAACACGGGUUCCUCCGCCUAUCUGCUCGGUGGCGUCAAUCCCGCAACAUUCUCGGACGAUAUCAAGACCGGCAGAUUCAUGGCACUGUAUCGUUACGCGGAUAGUAAACUCGCGAUGUUGAUGUGGACGAAGGCCUUGGCCGAAGAGCUCGACGGCUCGGGCAUCGCCGUCAAUUGUGUUCAUCCGGGCGUUGUCGCGUCACCGAUCGCAAGUCACAGCUACAACGCCACGAAUCUUUUCUUCAGGAUGAAUAUCUUUCUCUUCGGAAGGACUGCUAUGGAAGGUGCGCAGACUCUUCUACAUCUCUGUCUGGACCCAAUCGGAGCGGAGCUCAGCGGACAAUACUGGGAAGAAUGCAAAACUUCGAGGGUGUUCAAAGCCUCCGACAAGACGAAGAAUGGAGCUUUAUUAGACGUGACGAGGAAAUGUUUGGAGUUGCGACCAAGGACCUCAGUGACAGGCCUGUCGGAGAGGGGAGGAAAAAUUUUCGAUGGUGGAAUGUCUGACGAUGAGAAUAGUCAACACGUCAACAAGUUUCAUUUCCCGAGAAUAUUGGGAAUGUCCGUCAGACACCGCAUUGAAAACAUGUUCGACGCAUUCCCCAGUGUCAUUGGCAAUGGAGUGGGAAUCGCUAUCUUGAUCAUUUCCCUGCUGAAGCUUUAUGCGAAAUACUCGAUCGGCCGCUGUACAUCGACCAAUCGUCUGGACGGGAAAACGAUCAUCAUAACUGGCAGUAAUUCUGGUAUCGGUAGAGUCACCACGGAAACCCUCGCCAAUAAGGGAGGGAAGAUCAUCAUGGCAUGUCGUAACAUGGAGAAAGCCGAGGAGGUCGCCCACAAAAUCCGGAAGAAAAUUCCCAAGUGUCAUAUCGUUGUGAAGAAGCUCGACCUCUGCUCGCUGGCAUCGAUCCGAGACUUUGCCGAAGACAUACUCAGAUCGGAGGACAGGCUUGACAUUCUGCUGAAUAAUGCGGGCAUGACCGGAGGAAACUUCACUCUCACCGAAGAUGGCUUCGAAGAAGUGUGGCAAGCGAAUUAUUUGGGACCCUUCUAUCUCACCGAGCUUCUUCUGCCUCUGUUGAAGAAAUCUGCGCCCGCCAGAAUUCUCAAUGUUGGUUCCAUAGCCUAUGUUUACGGUCAAGUACGCACCGAACGAUUCGUCGAAGCUGUUAACAACAGUAGAGUGCCCGGCCUAUUUCGUUAUGGGAACACCAAGCUCGCCAUGCUAAUGUGGACCAGAGCUAUGGCCCAGGAACUCAGGAAAACCGGUGUGACAAUCAACUGCAUCCAUCCGGGCGUAGUACGAACUGGAAUCGCGCAGCGGAGCUUCAAUUUAUCGAACCUCUUGUUUGCGUUGAAUAUCUUCAUCAACGGAAGGUCCGUCGAAGAAGGCGCACAAACACUGCUGCAUCUGUGUCUGGACGAAUUUGGAGAUAAAGUGAGCGGCAAGUUUUGGGCAGAUUGCUGCCCGACUGAUAUCAUGAGAGCUCACGACCGUAGCCAAAACCGCAAACUCUUGGAGGCGACCAGAGAAUGUUUGAAACUCCAGGAUUAGACAGACUAUAAAUCUAUCGA